UACAUAACACCACCUAAAAUGGCUCACUUCCUCCUCCUAUCCUUCCCAGCCCAAGGCCACAUCAAUCCCACCGUCCAAUUAGCCAAGCGCCUCACCCGCACUGGGGCCCACGUCACCUUCGCCACCACCGUCUACGCCCACCGGCGCAUGAUAAAAUCCACCUCCCUGGACGGGCUAUCCUACGCCUCCUUCUCAGAUGGCUACGACGACGGCAUGAAGCCCACCGACAGCCUCAAGGACUACAUGUUGCAGUUUAAGGACGUGGGCCCACGGUCCGUUUCUGACCUCAUCCACACCCUCGCUGAUGAGGGUCGCCCCGUCACGUGCGUAAUCUACAACCUCCUCCUCCCAUGGGCUGCUGACGUGGCAAGCACCCUACACAUCCCAUCCGUACUCCUCUGGAUACAGCCCGCAGCGGUCCUAGCCAUUUACUACCAUUACUUCCACGGCUACGAUCAUCUUAUAACCAGCUGCAAAAAAGACCCUACUUCUUCGAUAGAAUUACGAGGCUUACCACUCCUCUCCGUACAUGACCUCCCUUCAUUUUUUGGCUUUCGAACAAAUCAACCUCCCGUCCUUCAUAUCUAUGAAGAACUCUUCCGAGCAAUGGAGAGAGAAUCCAAACCAAAGGUGCUCGUGAACACCAUCAAUGCAUUAGAAGGCGACGCCAUGAAAGCCGUCGAUAAGCUGGACAUGAUUGCGAUCGGACCGUUGAUCCCGUCAGCUUUCUUGGAUGAGAGGGAGACCUCAGACAAUGCCGUUGGCGCUGACUUGUUCCAGAGUUCAAAGAACUACGUUGAUUGGUUGGAUUCAAAACCAGCUUCUUCGGUAGUCUACGUCUCCUUCGGCAGCACCGAAUCACUACCAGAAAAUCAAAUGGUGGAGAUUUUAAAUGGGUUAGUAGAAAGUGGCCGUCCUUUCUUAUGGGUCAUUAGACCAGCUGAGAAUGGGGCCGAAACCGAUACUGAUACUGAGUUCUGGAAGAAUCUGAUUGCGACGGAGGAAAUAAAACAAGGGUUGGUGGUGCAAUGGUGUUCGCAGGUGGAGGUUCUGUCGCACCCUUCAGUUGGGUGCUUCAUGUCGCAUUGUGGGUGGAAUUCAGUGUCGGAGAGCUUGGCUCUCGGCGUUCCAAUGGUGGGAUUUCCACAGUGGGCAGACCAGCCGACGAAUAUAAAGAUGGUGGAGAGUGUUUGGAAGGCGGGUGUGCGGGCGAGGGUUAACGAGGAUGAGGUUUUGGAAGGUGGGGAGGUGAAGAGGAGCUUGGAUCUCGUGAUGGGAGGAGUGGAAGGAGAGGAGAUGAAGAAGAAUGCUAUGAAGUGGAGGGAUCUAGCAAUGGAGGCUGGUGGAGAAAAUGGUUCUUUGAAUAAGAAUAUCCGAGCAUUUGUGGAGGAAAUGACAGCCACAAGACCAUAGAGGUGGGGAAGCGGAUUGCCUACUGACACUGUUAGUAGCUAGUAGCUACUGGACAGUGCUCUAUGGGGUCCACCAUGAUGUACCUCUUUUAUCGACGCCGUCCAUCCAUUUUUCUAGGUCAUUUUAGAGUAUGAACCCAAAAAUAACAAAGAUCAUGUCUCUCCACAUAACAGGAAACAGUGGUGAUUGAACCCUCACAACUAAAAACUUCUUGGGAGCCCUAAGUUUUGGAUGAAGCUGAUAUUCGUGUUUGCUCUUCAUCCAGGUCAGUGUGACCUAAUUAAAAAGUUUGAGCAAAUAAACAUUACACCGGGCCUUAGGAAGUUUUCAAUGGUGGGUGUCCAAUCAACACUG